AAGAAGAAGACUCCUAGCAAGAAAAACAAGCGAUUAUCUGUCGAAAGGAUCUAUCAAAAGAAAUCGCAAUUGGAACACAUACUCCUUAGACCCGAUACCUAUAUCGGAUCAGUUGAGCAUAUCACGCAAACUAUGUGGGUUAUCGAGGAUGGCAAGAUGAUGAAUAAGAGCAUUACUUAUCCUCCUGGCUUGUAUAAAAUCUUUGAUGAAAUUUUAGUUAAUGCCGCGGAUAAUAAGCAACGAGAUCCAAGGAUGGAUACCAUCAAAAUUACAAUUGACCCCGAAAACAACUUGCUUAAAAUUUGGAAUAAUGGGCGCGGUAUUCCAGUAGAAAUACACCGUGAAGAAAAUGUCUAUGUACCGACCUUAAUAUUUGGUCACUUAUUAACAUCGAGUAAUUAUAACGAUGAUGAGCGCAAAGUUACCGGCGGCAGAAAUGGAUACGGUGCUAAACUUUGCAAUAUAUUCAGCACAGAAUUUAAAGUGGAAACUUAUUCUGCUGACUCUGGUAAACAAUUCUCACAGACUUGGAAUAACAAUAUGUCUAAGGCACGAGAACCUAAGAUUACCGCAAUUGAAAAAUCCAAGCAAGAAUUUACGUGUAUUACUUUUAAACCAGAUUUACAAAAAUUUGGUUUAACACAUCUGACUUCCGAUAUUGUUUCGCUAAUGACUCGCCGAGCUUACGAUAUAGCUGCAGCAGCUAGAGGUGUUAAAGUUUAUUUGAAUGGUGAUCGAAUACCUAUAAAAACGUUUAAGGAUUAUGUGGAACUGUUUCUGGCAAAUGAAGAAAAGGAUGAUGGAGAAGAAGACAAGGAAAAACGUAAAAUCACUCACGAAAUUGUUAAUGGUCGGUGGGAAGUUUGCUUGACAGCUAGUGAUAGAGGCUUUCAGCAAGCAAGCUUCGUCAAUAGCAUAGCUACUACGAAGGGUGGUACUCAUGUCAAUCAUGUCGUGGAUCAGUUAGUUGAAAAGUUGAUGGGCGCAGUUAAAAAGAAGAACAAAGGUGGAAUCGAUGUAAAGCCUUAUCAAAUUAAAAAUCAUAUGUGGGUCUUUAUCAAUUGCUUGAUCGAAAAUCCAUCGUUUGACUCUCAAACAAAAGAAAAUAUGACACUUCGUGCUAAAUCUUUCGGAUCGUCCUGUAAUUUGAGCGAAAAAUUUAUUAAAGGAGCUUUGGGAUGCGGUGUUGUCGAAAGAAUAUUGAAUUGGGUUAGGUUUAAAACUCAGGCACAACUAUCAAAGAAGUGUUCGGCAUCCAAACACUCUAAGCUUAAAGGCAUUCCCAAACUCGAUGAUGCUAACGAUGCAGGAACUAGAAAUUCCAGUGAUUGCACCUUAAUUUUAACGGAAGGUGAUUCAGCAAAAGCACUAGCUGUUUCAGGAUUAUCCGUAGUUGGUCGUGAUAAAUAUGGUGUGUUUCCUUUACGUGGGAAAUUAUUAAACACUCGUGAAGCGUCUUCUAAGCAGGUUAUGGAAAAUGCUGAAAUUAACAACAUUAUCAAAAUUUUGGGUCUUCAUUAUAACAAGAAGUACAAUGAUGACGUCAGCUUGAAAUCAUUGCGUUAUGGCAAUUUGAUGAUAAUGGCUGAUCAAGAUCAAGAUGGUUCUCAUAUAAAAGGACUCUUAAUCAAUUUUAUACAUCAUAAUUGGCCUUCACUUUUACAACAACCCUUUUUGAAGGAAUUUAUAACCCCUAUUGUGAAAGUAACUAAGGGUAAAAACGAAAUAGCCUUUUAUAGUAUACCUGAAUUUGAAGAAUGGAAACAAAAUACUGCUAGCUAUAAAUCAUGGAAAGUAAAGUAUUACAAAGGUCUCGGAACCAGUACACCAAAGGAAGCCAAAGAAUAUUUCGCAGAUAUGUCUAGACAUCGCGUUGCAUUCAGAUAUGAUGGCAACGACGACGAUACUGCUAUACAACUUGCAUUUAGUAAGAAGAUGAUUAGUGAAAGGAAAGAAUGGCUCAACAAAAGUAUGGAAGACAAAAAGAAUCGAAAGUUGAAUAAUAAGCCUGAGCCUUAUCUAUAUGGUAAAGAAGUAUCCGAUAUCAGCUAUAGUGAUUUUGUUAACAAAGAACUGAUUCAUUUCUCCAAUGCUGAUAACAUACGUUCAAUCCCUUCUUUGAUGGAUGGCUUGAAGCCAGGUCAGCGGAAAGUAUUAUUUACUUGCUUUAAACGCAAUGAUAAGAAAGAUAUCAAAGUAGCUCAGUUAGCCGGUUCAGUAGCAGAAAUGUCAGCUUAUCAUCAUGGCGAGGCAAGUUUGAUGGGAACUAUAAUUAAUUUGGCUCAAAAUUUUGUGGGAAGUAAUAACAUCAAUUUAUUACAACCUAUUGGUCAAUUUGGAACGAGACUUCAUGGUGGUAAAGAUAGCGCUAGCGCUAGAUACAUAUUCACUAUGUUGAGUCCCGUGGCUAGGUAUAUGUUCGAUCAAAAGGAUGAACCGUUAUUAGAAUAUCAGUUUGAAGAUAAUCUGCGGAUUGAACCUGAUUGGUAUGCUCCUUUAAUCCCUGUGGUAUUGGUAAAUGGAGCAGAAGGUAUUGGAACAGGUUACAGCACACGUAUACCGAAUUAUAAUCCGAGAGAAAUCGUUGAUAAUUUGAAGCGCUUACUAGCUGGAGAGGAGCCGAUAGAGAUGCAUCCAUGGUAUAAAAAUUUUAAAGGUGAAAUCAAACAAGUUGAAGAGAAUAAAUACCAGAUUGAUGGUGUUAUUAAGAAAAUAAAUGAAACCACCCUUGAAAUUGUCGAACUUCCAAUUCGUACGUGGACACAAGCUUACAAAGAAGGCGUUUUGGAACCUAUGUUGCAUGGUGGUGAGAAAACGCCAAGUUUUAUAAGCAACUACAAAGAAUAUCACACGGAUACCACUGUUAGAUUUAUUGUCACUCUAACUGAAGCUAAUAUGGAAGCUGCUGAAAAAAUUGGGCUAUUAAAGAAAUUUAAGCUAGAAGGCAGUUUCAGCACGAAUAGUAUGGUCCUGUUUGAUGCUCAUGGUUGUCUACGAAGAUACGGAAAUGCUCAAGAAAUUUUGAAGGAAUUUUAUGAAACAAAGUUGGAAUUUUAUGUGAAACGUAAAGAAUGGUUAGAAGGACUUUUGGAAGCUGAAUCUAGAAAAUUAAGCAAUCAAGCACGAUUUAUUUUGGAAAAGAUUGAUGGAAAACUUGCUAUAGAAAAUAAGAGUAAACGCGACCUGAUCGCAAUGCUGAAAUCAGCAAAUUUUGAUUCUGAUCCUGUUAAAAGCUGGCAAAAUAAGCAGAAAUCCGUCGUUGAAAGUGAAGAAAGCGAUGCAUCUGAGCAAGAAACGGACGAAGGCCCAGAUUUUAAUUAUAUAUUAAAUAUGAACAUGUGGAGUUUAACUAAAGAAAGAAAAGAUGAACUCAUUGCCAACAAGAACAAAAAGAUUGCUGAGUAUCAAACAUUAAAGGAGAAAACUCCUAAAAUGCUAUGGCUUGAAGAUAUUGAAGUUUUCCUCGAAGAGCUGGAAGUGAGUUACAUUAAUUGA